AUGUCAGAUUCUAAAGCCCCCACUCCUACUCCUGCUGGCGACACAUACAAAGGAUGGGUUUUCAAGUGGACAAACUACAUCAAGGGAUAUCAAAGGAGAUGGUUUGUCCUCAGCAAUGGCCUAUUAUCUUAUUACAGGACCCAGGCAGAGAUGGGGCACACGUGUAGGGGCACAAUCAAUCUUGCUACUGCAACAAUAACUGUGGAUGAUGCCUGUAACUUUGUCAUCUCCAAUGGGGGUGCACAAACGUACCAUCUCAAAGCCAGCUGUGAAGUGGAGCGGCAACGAUGGAUCACAGCGCUGGAACUGGCCAAAGCCAAAGCAGCACAUAUGCAGCAAGAGUCCGAUGAUUCUGGGGAUGACUUUCCGCCGUCCUCUCACCCGCCGCUGUCUGGGCAGGGAGCAGCGUCGCAGAACUCCGAGGUGCAGUCCGCCCUCAGGACAUUGGGAAGCAAAGUAGAGGAUCUGAGCACCUGCAACGACCUGAUCUCAAAGCACGGAUCCGCCCUCCAGAGAUCGUUAUCAGAACUCGAUAGUUUGCGUUUGACUGGAGAAGCAGGAGACAAGAUUCGGCAGGUGACGGAAAGGGCGACUUUGUUCCGAAUCACCUCAAAUGCGAUGAUUAAUGCGUGCCGGGACUUCCUCGCACUGGCCCAGGCUCACAGCAAACGGUGGCAGAAGGCGCUUCAAGCCGAGCGGGAUCAGCGCGUGAGGCUGGAGGAGACUUUGGAGACUCUGGCCAAGCAACAUAACCAUUUAGAGCGUGCAUUCAGAGGAGCAGCACAGGCCAAUGCAAGCGCAGACAAUAAAAGUUCCGCUGGGCCGGGACCUGGGAAAGGUGAAGCCAGCGAUGAAGAUGACGAUAACGAGUUUUUUGACGCCAUGGAAGAAGCACCAGAGUUUAUUACUGUACCAGCUGACCCUCACUUCCACAAAAGAUCGAGCAGCACAGCAAGCGGCUUCAACAGUGAAAUGUGCGGAGACGAUCAGUCGCUCAAUGAGGAACCUCUAACAAUGAGCCAGGAGCCGUCGCAGGAGCUGGUGCCUCUAAAGAAGAGAAGGACCCGCAUCCCAGACAAACCCAACUACUCCCUCAACCUAUGGAGCAUCAUGAAAAACUGCAUUGGCAAAGAGCUCUCAAAGAUUCCCAUGCCUGUAAAUUUUAAUGAGCCCAUUUCCAUGUUGCAACGAUUGUCGGAGGAUCUUGAGUAUUAUGAGCUGCUUGAUAAAGGAGCAAAAUGUCACAGCUCCUUGGAGCAGAUGUGCUACGUCGCAGCCUUCUCUGUCUCCUCUUACUCGACCACAGUUCACCGCACAGGAAAACCAUUCAACCCCCUUCUGGGAGAGACCUACGAGCUGGACCGCAGGAGAGAGUCGGGCUACCGGUCUCUGUGUGAGCAGGUGAGUCACCACCCACCUGCAGCUGCUCAUCAUGCAAUCUCCAAUCGCGGCUGGACACUGAGGCAGGAAAUAACAGUGGCCAGCAAGUUCAGGGGGAAAUAUCUCUCGAUUAUGCCUUUAGGAACAAUUCAUGCUAUUUUUGAAAAGAGCAACAAUCACUACACAUGGAAAAAAGUGACUACAACUGUGCACAACAUUAUUGUAGGAAAACUGUGGAUUGAUCAGUCUGGAGAGAUAGAUGUUGUAAAUCACACGACUGGAGACCGCUGCCAUCUUAAGUUUGCGCCUUACAGCUACUUUUCCAGAGAUGUGGCCAGAAAGGUAACAGGCGUAGUGAUGGACAAAGACGGAAAAGCCCACUACGUGCUUUCGGGGACCUGGGACGAGAAGUUGGAGUUCUCCCGAGUCAUGCAGAGCAGCCGUGGAGGAGAGAACGGCGCAGAGGGAAAACAAAAAACAGUUUAUCAAACACUGAAAGCCCGAGAAAUCUGGAGGAAGAACUCUCUGCCUGAGGGAGCAGAAACCAUGUACUACUUCACUUCUUUGGCCCUCACCCUGAAUGAGAUGGAGGAGGGCAUGGCUCCCACCGACAGCCGGCAGCGUCCAGACCAGCGCCUCAUGGAGGACGGGCGCUGGGAAGAGGCCAACGCUGAGAAACAGAGACUGGAGGAAAAGCAGCGCAGUGCCCGCCGUGAGAGGGAGAGGGAGGCAGUGAGCCAGCGUACAGCCAGCCAAUCAGACGAGGGUGAGCCUAUCGAUGAGGACUUAAAUGAAUCAUCUUUGAAAUACUCCCCCCACGACAACUACAGAGCACUUUGGUUUGAGCGCUGCGAUGACCCCAUUAACGGCGAGCCGGUUCAUAUCUACAAAGGAGGAUACUGGGAGGCGAAGGAUCGCGGCUGCUGGGAGGGAUUGCAGAGGACUGGAGGGUCCCGGGUCGAGAGGAAUGCUGGAGCAGAGAGAGAGAGAAAAUUGUCACUUAAACAUCUGGAAAGCGGCGCAAGCCUGAUGCAGGAGUCUGAGAUGGACGGACUGGAGGCAGUGUGUCUGCCGAAGCUUUCCCGUGUGGCUCUGUGUGGAGGGACCCAUGGGAACGAACUGUCAGGAGUCUAUUUGGUCAAAGAACUGUUGAAGAGAAAACGGGAGGAAGACCGAAAGCAGCUCAUGGUUGUGUUGUCCAACCCCAGAGCCACGCAGCAGGGCCGGCGAUAUAUAGAAGUGGAUCUGAACCGCUGCUUCUCCAUGGACGCACUCAACUCUCCACUGUCCACAGAUAUUUCCCCGUAUGAAGUGAUUAGGUCCCGGGAACUCAACGCUUUACUGGGUCCCAAAGGAAGUCCAGACUGUGUGGAUCUGGUGUGUGACCUCCACAACACCACCGCUAACAUGGGCCUGUGUUUCAUCACAUAUUCCGACUCGGACUGGGUUUCCAUGCACAUAUUUAAGCACAUGCAGCAAUGUCUUCCCGAUAUUCCAAUGAGAUACGUUCAUUUUGAUCUGCCGCCGGACGAAGCUUACUCUCUGGAUUCAGUUGGAAAACAUGGUUUUGCCUUGGAGAUCGGCCCUCAGGCACAUGGUGUGGUGAGGUCCAACGUCUACUCCACAAUGAAAAGUGCAGUUGAGCACAUGUGCGACUGGAUCCAGUUAUUUAACUCAGGAGCAGUGUCUGAAGGAGGCUGUGUGGAUGUGUUCACUCUGGUCAAACACAUGGACUACCCUCGUGACUGUGACACUCAUGACAUCGUAGCCGCCGUUCAUCCUCAGCUGCAGGAUAAAGACUUCUGCCUUUUGAACCGUGGAGAUCCUGUUUUCCAGACUUUCUCAGGGCAUUGCCUUCUCUUUGUCCCGGCGAACGUGCGUACUUGUGCCUGCUCUCCGAGCUCAUCCAGACUCAUGACAAAUGUGACAAAACCAAAGACUGCAAUAAAUGUUUACACCACUCAAAUGGCUCAUUGUGUACUUUAA